AUGGCACCGGCAAAACCCAAGGUGCUCAGGCUCGGGUCCUGGGCGCUGUCCGGCCCCAAGUGGCAUGACUUGGCUGCCAUCGCCGACGUCGUCGACUGCCAGUCGCAGAGCCGCCAGCAGUUCUUCGACGACUUGAAAACCAAGUACGCCGACGUCUCCUGCAUCACGCGCACGUUCUUCUCCGUCAGCCAGACCGGCCGCUUCGACGCGGAGUUGGCCCUGCACUUGCCCGAGUCCGUCCGCAGCAUCUCGCACUGUGGCGCCGGGUACGACCAGAUUGACGUGGCGCCGUUCACGGCCCGCAACAUCCAGGUGUCCAACGUGACGUCGCCCGUCGAGGCGCCCACCGCGUUGACCGCGGUGUACUUGACUUUGGCCGCGUUGCGCAACUUCCAGCAGGGCCACGACUUGCUCACGCAAGGCUGGUGGCCCCAGGCCAAAUGCGCCGGGGCUCACGUGGGCCGCGACCCCGAGGGCUUGACCGUGGGUAUCGUGGGCAUGGGCGGCAUCGGGCGCGCCAUCCGCGACCGCUUGGCGCCGUUUGGCUUUGCCCGGUUCGUCUACUACAACCGCACGCGUUUGGAUGCCGACGCGGAGAAGGGCGCGCAGUACAUGCCGUUGGACGCCUUGGUGGCCACGGCGGACGUGGUGAUGCUCAGCGUGCCGUUGAACGCAGGCACCCGCCACUUGGUGGACGCCGCGGUGCUCUCGCGCAUGAAGAAGGGCGUGGUGAUCAUCAACACGGCGCGGGGGGCCGUGAUCGACGAAGCGGCGCUCACCGACGCGUUGCUCCGCGGGCACGUGGGGGCCUUUGGCGCGGACGUGUUUGAGCACGAGCCGCAGGUCUCGCCGCGGCUCUACGGCUUGCCGAACGUGGUGUCCUUGCCGCACAUGGGCACGCACUCCCAGCAGGCGUACCGCAACAUGGAGAACUUUGUGGUGGAGAACGUGCGCACGUACUUGGCCACGGGGACGAUGCUCACCAACGUGCCGGAGCAGGCGGGCGUCGACUUCCAGCACGACAUCUUGGUGCCGCCCGGCCUGGGGUCUCAGUGA